CAAGAGGGUGAGAAGGACACUCGCGGCGAACUUUGUGACGCCAUGUUCAUGUGCUAAGCUGCCGAGAAGUAUUUGAGUGCUUACGCAGGCGCAGUUAAUCGUAGUUUCUUGACCAUCAAUCACGCUUCAUUGUAGGCGCGUUUAGGAAUGGCUACUGGCGCGAACACUACACCUUUGGGGCGCCUAGGCUCGUUCCCUCCAGCUCGGCCAGCCGCUGGUACUGGGGUGUCUUUGUUGAAGCCUAGUUACAUGGCCGGCGCGCUGCCGCCAACCGCGUCGCAACCCAACGGCACCUCCGGUACCGUGAGCGCACCUGCGCCGCCUGUGGCUCUUCCAAUCUUCCCUGCCCUGCCUACGUCGACGAAGGCUGACAAGGACCACGACGAACGUGAUCGAGAUCGCGUUCGUGACCGAGACGGCAGGAGAGACCGUGAUAAGGAACGCUCGAGAGACCGCGGUAGAGACCGUGGUCGCGCUCGAAGUCGGGAUCGAAGCAGGGAUCGACACCGUGACAGAAGUCGAGGCCGCGACCGAAGUAGAGACAAGAGCCGCGAUAAAAGUCGCGACCGAAGAGACCGUGACAGGGACAAAGAUCGAGAUCGAGACAAGGACCGCGAACGGGACAAGGACCGUGAUCGCGACAGAGAUCGAGACCGGGACAAAGACCGAGAAACAGCCCUUCCGGCAAUGACUGGAGCACCCCCUAUAAUAUCAAUGCUGCCAUCCUGGGCUAGUCAGGAUGAAAAUAGCAAUACAAGCAUGGGCUCCAUGGGUUCCAUGGGCUCUCUAGAGACUAGUACUGGAGAACGUCGUCGAAAGCGGAGAAGCCGCUGGUGCUGUGACGAGAAAGAAAAGGUGUUCAUCCCUGGAAUGCCCACUGUACUCCCUACAAACUUGGAUCCAAACCAGGAGCGGGCCUAUCUGUUGCAACUCCAGAUUGAAGAGCUCAGCAGGAGGCUGCGCACUGAGGACCUUGGCAUCCCCUUCAACCCUGAGGACAGGUCACCAUCUCCAGAGCCAAUAUACAACAGUGCUGGAAAGAGGCUGAACACGCGAGAGUAUCGAGUGCGAAAAAAAUUGGAGGAUGAGCGGCAUGUGCUCAUACAGGAAAUGUUCACCAUCAAUUCAGAAUACAAGCCUCCUUCAGAUUACAAGCCACCACUGGUCCGUGUAUCUGAGAAAGUAAUGAUUCCACAGGAAGAGCAUCCAGACAUUAACUUUGUAGGCCUAUUGAUUGGUCCACGGGGCAACACGCUGAAGAGUCUUGAAAAAGAAACUGGUGCCAAGAUCAUCAUUCGAGGGAAAGGCUCAGUGAAGGAAGGCAAGGUUGGGCGCAAAGAUGGCCAGCCGUUGCCUGGGGAAGAUGAACCUUUGCAUGCCUUUGUCACAGCUUCGAGCCAAGAAAAUGUUCGGAAAGCUGUGGACAAGAUCAAAGAGAUAAUCCGGCAGGGUGUUGAAGUUCCGGAAGGUCAAAACGAUCUUCGACGAAUGCAGCUGCGAGAGUUGGCGUUACUGAAUGGUACCCUGCGUGAGAAUGACCUUCUGGGUGGACCGCGAUGCUCCAACUGUGGGGCGCCUGGACACAAGGCAUGGCAGUGUCCUGACCGGCCCAACAUCACCAACAGUGUUAUCUGUGCCUGUUGUGGUGGCACUGGUCAUAUUGCACGAGAUUGCAGGGAUAGAAACAAAGGUGGCAGCAGUGGUUACGGCGGCCGAGGUGGCUUUGGUGGCGGGGGCAGUGAUGCAGGGCUAGGAUGCUCCCAGUCCAAAAUAGAUGAAGAGUAUAUGUCCUUGAUGGCUGAGCUUGGUGAAGGCCCUCCACCACCAAGCAAGAGUGGAGGGGAUGAUGCAAAUAACCGUGGUGGUAGCGGUCCCCAGCUGGGAGGCACACAGGGGCCAAUGCGGGCCAUCAUGGCACCACCUCCAUUGACUGGAGGCAAUGCUCCUAUAGGAAUGGACCGGCCACCACCACAGCAGUGGGCGACAGGAACAAAAGGAAUGAUGCCUCCAGGUGGUCCACGGCCUCCUUCAAUGAUGGCUGGGCCACCACCACCCCAUAUGGCUGGCCCUGGUAUGCCCUGGCAGUCAUCACAGGCAGGAAUUCCUCCCAUCACUGGAGUGCCCCCACCUCCACCUAUGCUUGGACCUCCGCCGUCAGGGCUGCCUCCAUGGAUGGCAGGACCACCACAAGGUCCUGGAGCCCCUUGGCAAACACCGAUAACAGGGGUGCCUCCACCACCGCCUCAGCUGUUUUCUUGGGGCCCUGGAGGAGCCUUUAUGAACAUGGGCUUGCCACCGCCACCACCACCGCCGCCCGCAGUUAGCUCAGUUGCCAGCACAGACAGCGCCGCCUCAAGUACCAGUACAAGUACUACAGCUACUGCAACUACUACAACUAUGGUGGAUCUAAGUACGCUGGCUGCGCUACCUGGGCUGCUGGCAGCCCCGCCACCACCGCCACCCCCAAGUUAAGCAGCAUUGUUUUGGCCAAGGGUAGUGGGCAGAACCAUGCCUUUAUGUUCACCCUAGUAUCCAUCUUAGGGUUACUCUUUGAAGGCUUGUGGUUUAGUUGGCUUCAGGUGCACAAUGCACUACAUUUGCACCAAUAGGACACAUCGUAUAUGUUCGAAUGAUUGAUUAGAUCAACCUUUGGUCAUCUGGCAUUCUGACUGAUUGGUCAGUCAUUCAUCACUGCAGUCUGUUUUUGGGUAUUUUCAUUCUACACACAUUUCUUUAUCCGCUCAGCACUGUAACUUGAUGUUGUUUGAGCUGCUUGACAGCAGCCUAAAGUGCUGCUGGCAAAGGGGCAUAUCAGUGGUGAUCCUCACAUUCUGUCAUUCAUUGUCUUGAACAUAGAGUUUCAUACAAUAAUACCUGGAGGGGAAUCUGGCACUAGUGUCUAUGCGGGCUCCUUCAGCGGCGCUUGUACCCCCAUAGGAAUUAUGGGAAGUACAGGCUUCAGAUCUGCUUCGGAUGGAUCACGUUCUUGAGAUUCGCGAUGCUUGUUUGCUGAGUGUAAAAAAGUGAUAUGAAGUUGUGUUUAAUUGAAACUUGCUUGAUCUUUUUGCACCUAAACUUAUUGCAAAAGGUUUUUUUUUUUUUGACUUUGUGGCAAAAGUGAAACCUGGACAAAUAUAACUACCAGGGUAUGCAUUGCUCUGCCGUUUGCAUUCCAGAUAUGGUAUCAUAAUUUAAUUAACUGUUCUUUACAAUAUUUCAAAAGAAACAUUCUUGUUUUGCCGUCGAAAGUAUGCAAUAUCUAUUAAUGGAAAUAACAGCACAGUAUUAAGUGAGAAACACUUGACGUUUCGUUUGCUGCAAUGCCAGGUGAGUCUGUUCAAGUGGCCUGUCCCCAACGCACCUCUCGUUUUGUUGUGAAGUCGAGUCGGAAGAGCAUGGCAGUGCGUCUACUUCGCAUUGCCAUUGUUUUGCAUUUAAUUUCAACGAAUUUUGGCAAGACGCACUAACAACAACGUGAACUCGGAUGUAAUAUCCUGCACUGGCAUGUGACGCUACAUCUAUGUGCAGCGGUGAGUGGAAAGAUGCUUUGUUUAAACUGUCAAACACGACUUAUUCAGCUCCAACGUUGCAUUAAAUUGAGAGGCCUAGCAAUUUGCAGCCUCUUUGAACAACAAAGACACAGCUUCAGUCCUUUGCACCCACCCUACUGCCCACUCUACACGAAGAACGAAACUGAAACUGUAGAAAAAAUCCGUAGACACGCUGGCUAACGCGAUCCAAUCCGAAGCCUGUACUUCCCAUAAUUCCCAUGAGGGUGCACAAUCGCAGCGCCAGGUUCCUCUCUAGGUAUUAUUGUAUCAAACUUUAUGGUCUUAAAGGUGCUUCGUAGACAAACACCAUUUUUUCUGUUGCAAAUUGAUUUGAACUGAAAGAAUGUUACAGCUGUUUUCAGCGUAGGUAUUGUUUAUUUUGGAUAUGCCAUGUAAUGAAUUGAGUGCAUUAAAUAUACCACGUCAAAUAUUUUUGUUUUGAUAAAUACUUAGGGGACUUGCUCUUUGUUACAAGUUUUUUUGUUGUUAGUAUGCGAAUCGAUUUGAACUGAAAAAAUGUUCUCAAACAGCUGUUUUCAGCGUAGGUAUGGUUUAUUUUAGAUAUGCCAUGUAAUGAAUAGAGUGCAUUAAUAUACCACGUCAAAUAUUUUUGUUUUGAUAAAUAUUUAGAGGACUUGCUCUUUGUUACAAGUUUUUUUGUUAGUAUCUGGGUAAAGUUCGUAGCCAUAUACAUACCUGCCAAGUCUCCCAGAUUGGCCCAGACACUUUCGGUUUUGGACCGUUUCUUCCGUUUGUACGGUUGUCAUGAAAGUCUCCCGGAAAUCUAAAUUUCUGUGCUUGUUCUGGCCGCAUUGACAAAAAAGCAGCUCAGUAUGCACCAGACUUUUCGAACCUACCCCAUUUUAUUACGAAUGAGUUUAAGAGGUGUUCAUUUAAACGUACAGUAGAAUCUCGGUGAGGCGAAACCGCGGCAGAUAGAAAUCGUGAAAUUCCCCCGCCCCACUAUGUCUAUUCGGCUUGAAUUCGGAUGUUUUGAACACAUUUCCUAAUCGCGGUGGCUGAUACAGACUUUAGUGCGAAAACUGUCGAACAAAGGCCAAGAGCAGCGUACUCGAAAGCAUGGAAGUAGGUGUGCGACCAGCGCACGCACUGUCUUUUACAGUGCAUGUGAUCGUCGUUGCCACAGCCGCCGUGGACGAAACCGCGGUCGCUCUUGACGCGAUCAUGUAUGGCGACGACGUAACUGACAGGGUCCCGAAAGUUUGUGCUCGACCAGUCAAAGCAACGCUGCUUUCCGCAAACUUUGCGGACAGAACUGCGGCAGAUGCGAUCGUAGAUGGCAUAAAACGACUUAGUUUUGAAGGCGCGUGCGCAGCCAAGCACACAAGGAUUGUAAAAGGAACUGCUGUUUUCCGCUACCGCUGUGCAUACAGCCGCAGUCGCGGCGGUGCGGUAGCGAUGUACGAGCUCCGAGGGCACGGAGCGGUAGAUUAAAGGUCGUAAAUUUGUUUAAAAAAUGUCACAGUUUCGCUGUAAGGGCGAAGCAAUGAAUGCGACAGCAACAACAAUUGAGGGUCACGCUGAAACGGCAAACAGAUUGAAACAAGCAGCGCGCUGCUUACUCACAAGUGACGCACGAAAACAAUACACACAGGACGAGAGCCAACUAACAAUGUUUACCGCUCGACACGUAACGCGCUGUUUAAAGAAAAACAAUGCACGAUACAUAGUCACAAGUACAGAUGAGUACAAACUAACAAGUGGCCCAGUUAUACGUCGCUCUGUAUGAAAAGCGCACUCUUUUCGCAUAGAGGACCCGUGCAGAGACCGAAGUAGCCUUUGUGGGCUCGGCAGCUAACACAAUCGUUCCAGUUCAAGCCGAAGGCACACAAUUCUCCCUACCAAAGAAUAAGCGCGCGCGCACGAACAUCCACUCCCCUCACCCCCCACUCACCCGCGGGGCUUAGUAUGCUUGAGAGAGAGAUAAGUGCGCGUUGGCGCAUCAGGAAGAGCUGGGCGCCGGGUGCGAGUGGAUUUUUUUUUUUCUUUCUUGAGUGCUCAUUAUAUAUAUACAUACACACGGUGAAUGACAGCCGUGACGGCAAAAAACCAGCCUAGACUCUAUAUAAUUGCUAUCGCAAUAAAAAGGGGCCAGAUGCAUUUUUAGUGUUCCUGUCAAAAGAAUUUAGUGGUGAGCAAAGCUUUGACCCUCGCUUUUGCGGCAGCCAGCUGCGCUGUUCCGUCCAUUCACAUGUGUCCCAGGAAGACACGCGAGUUAUUUUGAAGGAAAUAGAUUCUGCUAGUUGUGUUCAUUCUUUGAGACUCUCACAUUAGUGGGAAAUCCUAAACUCGUGUGUUCGGCCACUUCAAGCCUUUAUAAGACUGCAAUGUUGAUGUUAAUUCUUGCGAAUGAGACCUCCCACCCCACCCCAUCUUGUUUUUUGCAAUGUUUUUGUUUUUUUGUCGGUCCUUGGGUUUUAUUUUGGUGCGCCCCCCCCCCAUAUAAGGAGCAAAUAUUUCAGCCCCCCCCCCCCCCCCUUGUUGCGGAAAUCUCGCGGAUUCAGAAUGCUUAAACUUGGCAGGUAUGCAUAUAGGGUGGUCAUUUCUGAUAGUUACUAUUUCUGGUUGGUUGUAAAAACACACUCCUCGGACUGAAUGGCAGGCAUGGCGUAUUUCCUCUUGUGACAAGUUGCACAGUAGCAUGGAUUUUGUUCUUUGUCACUGUAAUGCAUUGUAUAAGUGCAGAAAGUAUGCUCUCAUUUUCCUAGUGUUCAAAUAUUGCACAUGACUGCAUUAUGUACAUCUUCUGGCUUGUAGUAACUGUUAAAGUUAUAAACCUAUUAGGUUGGUUAGAACAUCACAUGAUAUGCUAUUAUCUAUGAAAUAAUUGUUGUGAUGAACAGUGCAUCUUCACACAAUGGUAGCUUCAUUUGGGGCAUUUAGCUCCAAGAAUUGUGUUAACAAGCUAUUCCUUCACAUCCGAUGUUGUUUUCUUUAUUUAUGAAAAUUCUAGAAGUACAGUAAAAUCUCGUUAACCCGGAUCUCAUGGGACCGGUGAAAAUGUCCGAGAUAACCGAAUUCCAGAUUAUCAAAUGAACCAUCAAAACAAAAGGAAGAUGUAUUCUGCACAGACAAAUCUUUAUUUGAUGAAAAACUUUGUCAACUUAGUCUGCCUUGUCAUCAGAAUUAGUGCUCGAACGGUCUUCUUCAACCCCAUGUGGUGGUGCUGUGGACGCUCGCUGUCGCCAGAACAGAUGCACAACUCCGCGAGGACAGCGAGAGCUUCGGUGGCCUUCUGCACGGUGCGAUGUCGCGUCGGCUCAUCUUGAGUGUCAUCAUCGGAACAGUGAUUCUGAUCCUCUUCAAGCACUUCCGAUAAUAUGUCAUCAUCAUUGAGCAAACCAGCAAUGGCCCCAAAAUCAUCAACAGGCACAAACACAGCCUGAGAACAUAAUGACAGUUUCUAUGUCAAAGCACCAACUCGCCCAACAGUCAACUCUUUUGGUGUACCCGAGCUGCACACGCUAAGUGCGAAGUCACAAUGCAAAUAAAUCAGCAGCGUAGGCGUCGCUGGCAACUGGGGUAGCGGCGGCUGCGCAAACUGUCCCGUGCGGCGUAUUUCGCAGAGACUGGAUGCGCCGGCAGCGUAAGCGCUUCCGUAUGGUAGUGACUAGUGCCACCUGGCCACUUUUCUUCUCAUUCACUAUCAUCAUGAUCAUAUUCUGCUGCUGUUCGUUCGGUUUUGGUUUCUCCAAGAACUUAGGUUCAGUGGCGGAGCCAGGACUUCAUGCUUUCAGUAACCGGAAUCGGCUACCUAAAGCAUGAAGCCCCGAUAGCCCUCUCUGGAAUCAUCAGAGUUAACCAGUGCGUGUCUAAAUCCCUCCGAAAUAAUGAGCAUUUGACACCAUUGAAAUAUGUAGAGUUUUGCCAGGACCGCGCCGCGUGUCCAAGUCAAUCGAAUUCCCGAUGAAACGAAAUCUGGAUAAACGAGCUUUUACUGUAAUAUGGUUUGCAAGUAAUGGUCAUAAUGAAUUGUUUUGAAUACAGUGAGUUAUGGUGUAAGAAUUCUAUUUAAGUACUUGCUAGCCAUUUUGUUUAAAACGUUUGUCUUUUUUCCUACAAUAUUAUACGUAUGCGCUGCUUCAAAUGAAAUUUCUAGACAUGAAUGGUUGCUUUGUUCACGAUUGUACAUGCCAUAAAGGACAUUAAACAUCAAUACCUCUA